AUGGCGACCACGUUGACUGACGACAAGCGACCUCAAUUACAGCCCGUUUGCCAAAAUUGUGGUACCUCCACCACCCCCCUAUGGCGCAGGGACGAACUCGGCUCCGUCCUCUGCAAUGCCUGUGGACUGUUUCUGAAACUGCACGGCCGACCUCGUCCGAUAAGCUUGAAAACCGAUGUAAUUAAAAGUCGCAAUCGUGUGAAGACUGGCCAGGGCCCCAAGCGCAAGUCUGGUGGCCCAGUCGAUAACAAUGGACUUCCACCGCGAUCCGAGGCCGGGACACCUCCCCUCGGCUCGCAUGGAUACCGUCGCGCAUCGCGUAAGAUGUCUCCGGGUCAUUCGGAUCGCUCUAACUCCCCCGUUUCCCGCACCGAGACACCUGGCUUUGGCUCUAUGCACGCGCACAAUUCAAACAUUGCCCCACAGCACAUGUUCGACAGCGUUACUCUGGGCGACAGCAUGAACUCAUCCUCUGGCAUCCCCUCCCGCCAGAUGCGCCAACCCUCCCCCUCGGCAGUUGAUCGACAACUCGACUCACCUCACACAUUCGAAAGCCUUCUAGCCCUCAACACAUCCUUGAAGACACGCGUUAGCGAGCUUGAGUUCGUUAAUGAGCUCUUCCGGGGUCGUGUGACGGAACUCGAACAGAGUGACGCUAGUGCGCGGCGAUCGGAGAUGAUCGUACGGGAUUCCGAGGUUCGUCUUAGACGGUCUCUGGAAGACGCUCAGCGUCGCGAGGAGGACCUGAAGCAUCGCGUCAGCGAACUUGAGCGGCAACUGGGUUCUAGCAGCGCUGGGGACGCCGAGUCCGGCGAGCCACUCGCGAAAAAGAUCCGGCUGUCGGAUGUCGUGGAAUCAGGCGAGGAAGUGCAGGUCAAAUCGCCCAAGAGCGUUUAG